GGCGCAGUCAUUAUCCUCUGCCAACUGCAGACGUUUCGGAACCCAGCAGCACAGCUCAACCUUAAAAGGAGUCGCUAGUCCUCGGGCAUUGAGGCCCCUCUCCUGCUGCACUUCAGUUCUCCCUGCGCGUCAAAAUGGGCUCCGCCACCGACCCAGAGAACACCUACGACUACAUUGUCUGCGGAGGCGGCACCUCAGGCUGCGUCGUCGCUGGCCGCCUAGCAGAGAAUAAAGAUGUCCGUGUCCUUCUCAUUGAAGCAGGCCAACACAACCGCGACCUCGAGAACGUACACAUGCCCGGCGGAUCGUCUGGCAACUUUGACUCGGAGACAGACUGGAACCUCGUCACGAAGCCCAUGGCCGGCGUCGACGAUCGUACAGUCAAGCUCAGCCGCGGGCGAUUCCUCGGUGGAAGCAGUGGUUGUAACGGCACGCUUUGUAUCCGCGGCACCAAACAGGACUAUGAUGACUGGGGACUGGAGGGAUGGAGCGGCGAAGAAUUCUUCGAGGCUAUGAAGAAGUCUGAAACAUUCCACCCGAAACCCUGGUUCAAAGCCACCGAGUCUGCGCACGGCUACUCCGGCCCUCUCCACACAGAACCGCAUGACCUCGCCCCAAUCGCAAGCCGUCUCAUAGACUCCUUUGUCGACAAGGGUCUUCCGCUACACCACGACAUGUUCUCCACCGGCGAUGUCGCCAACGGGUGUGGCCAUGUCCCGCGUACCGUGCACAAGGGAAUCCGUACCACCGCGGCCGAUUUCAUUACCAAGGAGCAUGACCGCUCCAACCUCACCAUACACACAGAUACAACUGUUGACCGCGCACUCAUUGAGCAGACAGAAGAUGGGCUACGUGCGACUGGCGUUGUUACUCGCACAGCAGACGGGUCUGAGAAGAUCUUCCAUGCCCGGCGCGAAGUCAUCGUUUCCGGAGGUGCCUACUGCAGUCCUGCCAUUCUAAUGCGCUCCGGGAUUGGUGCCGGCGAUGAACUUGCACAGCACGGCAUCGAGUGCCAGGUCGAUCUUCCGGGCGUCGGAAAGAACCUCAUGGACCACCUGAUUGUCUUCAUCUUCUACGAAACCAAACAACCCAACCUAACAAACUGCUCAAAGAUCUACCACGGUAACGCCUUUCAGAGCACAUACGCCGAAUGGAAAGAGCACAAAACCGGCUUCCUCUCCAGCUUCCCCUUCGGCUCCGUCGCCUUCACCCGCAUCGACGACCGCCUCGCCGACUCACCCCUCUGGAAGAACGCACCCCGCCUCCCCGGCCGCGAUCCCAUGGGCCUCACACCCUCACAGCCGAACAUCGGAUUCUUGACGACGGAAUGCUACGGCGGUCCGAAGCAGUACAAUCAGUUCCCGGGUGACGGGCAGCACGCGUUUUCGAUUAUCGCUGAGCUUUUCGCGCCGAAGUCGCGGGGGGGCUGUGACUCUUGCAUCGAAGGACCCGAAUGUGAACCCGGUGAUUGA